AUGGCCGAGUCACAGCAAACACUUUAUGAAGCUAUCACUCAAAAUGACAUUGAUUCUGUGAGAAUUCAACUGGCAAACAAUGUCAAUCCAAAUGUCUUUCCAAAUAACCCGAAAAUUACACCACUCAUUUUAGCUGUGAGGCUAAAGUACCUUGUCAUUGCAAAUGAACUAUUGAUGAAUGGAGCUGACGUGAAUGGGGUUGAUGAAUUUGGAUGGACUGCGUUGCAUGUUGCAGUGGAAAAUAAUGAUGAGGCUUCCGUCUCUAUUCUUAUUUCACAUAAUUGCAAUUUGGAAAAAUGUAACAACUUCGAUCUAACUCCUCUUACGUUUGCUGUGAGGAAAAAUAACAUCCAAAUGGUUCGCUAUUUAGUUGCACAUGGAGCAGUGGUUUAUAAGUACUUUGAUGAUCCCGAACUCCCACCGCUUCCUUCUGCUGCAUUCGACAACCGCUUGGAUAUCCUUCAAUUCUUGGUGGAUGUGGAAGAGACAGAUAGAGAAACGAAGAAUAAGAACAUGCAUUUAGCACUCAGCAUAGCCAUCAUUGAGGGCCAAAACGAGGCAGCAAAAUUCUUAAUUGAUAACGGGACUCCAAUAAGUCGUAGGCAUGGAAAUUGUUUAUCCCCUUUGGAAUAUGCCAUUAUGGGAAGAAAUGAAGACAUGGUCUCAUAUCUUCUUUCUCGCAAUGCCUCGGUUAGCGAUCCAAACCACUAUGGCUUCACUCCACUUAUGACGUCUAUCAUUCAUGACAACCCUUCUGCAGCAGCACUGCUACUUUGCUAUGGAGCGGACCCGGAUGCGCUGGCAACUGGCUUUAGAACAACAGGAGAACAGAUCAAAAUGGACAUGAGGAAGGAGGAAAUUGCCCAAAUAAUUUUUUUGUGGAAAUAUGAGUUUGUGCCGUCACUGUUUGGAUGGUGA